AUGAUGAUCAGCGAAGCCAAGAAAAUCACUAACGCGGUGGACAACACCAGCAUCCUACUCCUCGUGCUCAUGCAGGACAUCCUCGACCAGGAUUCCCUCGCCACGGACGACAACCAAGCAAGUGGCAGUGGAGCGGCAGCGCAUUCGAUGCACGCCGAUGCGCAGAGCCACGAAGCCAGCUACGAG